AUGUUCCGAUGCGAUGUGAAGGAAUGCAGGAUAAUGGCAGGACGAACGACAGAAAGAGUCGGAGGAUCCUUCGUGACAGCCGUCUUGCACCGCGGGCAGCGGAAGACUACCCGAGGGGAGACCGUUCUGCCCUCCGUCAUUCCGCGCACGAGAAGAUCGAGCGGUGACUUUGUGCCCUUUCUUCAUGUGGAGCUGCACAGUCGAGGUCGACAGUCAGUGACAAUUUUCUUCUUAAAUUCUGAAAAAUUUCCAAGAGGAAGAGAGCCAAAGCCAAAGCCGCAGGGUGGAAGCAAGGUGGACCCUUGCUCUGUGCUUCUCGCCAAGUCAAUUGCACUCACACCACCACACAAGAUCGCGAACAGCAUGUCUAGAACAAAGAAGAACAAGCCAGGAGCAGCAGCAGCACGAGCUGCCAAGGCUGCUGCAGCUGACACCGCCGCUGCUGCCCCUGUCGCCGUUGCUGAGGAUGCUCCCGAACCGAUUGUCGCCGCCGAGCCCGCUGCUCCUGCAGCCACCUCAGAACAGGCACCUACCACCUCCAAGCGUGGCAAGCUCAUCCGACCACGAGGCAAGCGAGGCGGUAUCAAGAACCGCAAAGGCGGUCCCGCAUCCAAGUCAGCCGAUGUUCAGCAGUCCGCCGUCAAAGGUGCACGCAAAGCGAAAUCCAACGGCACCUCGGACGCUCACGAACACACCGACUCCAACGCAGCCCCCGUUCCCCCCGCCGAGCACGCCGAAAAGAUCGCCAAGUUCCACACCCUCCUCAAACAGCUCGAGCAGGCCAAGUCCGCUGCGGAGAAGGACGAGAUCCAAUCUGGACUUGAUUCGCUCGGCGGUCUUGCCCAGUAUCAGGCCUGGUCGCUGACAGGGUCCGCCAAAGCCGGUCAGACACCCACCAGCAAAUGGUGCAUGGAAGCGCUCGCCACUGUCUACCAGCACGAUCGAAACCUGCCCAAGUUCAAAGUGCUCGACGUCGGCGCCAUCACCGGAACCGCCUACGAAAAGUACCGCUGGGUGGACGCCACCUACAUCGACCUCCACCCGCAGGGGGACAACGUGCAAAAGUACAGCUUCUUCGACUUCCCCACCCCCACCGCCGCGGAAGCACAGUACAACAUGGUCGCACUCAGUCUCGUCAUCAACUUUGUCGGCGACGUACGAAAGAGAGGCGAGAUGCUGCGACACGUGCACAAGUACCUCCCCACCGCCGAGGACGUGCCCGGAUUCUGCUUCCUCGUGCUCCCCCUCAGCUGCCUCACCAACUCGAGGUACAUGAACCAGACCCAUCUGCGCGCCAUCCUCGACUCGCUAGGUUUCACCGUCGUCAAACAGUCCGAUUCCAACAAACUCUCCCGAUGGUUGCUCCAGAGGAAACCUCUCGCCGAACGAAAAGCUGCUGCAAAGAAGAACGAAAACCCAGCAGCAGAUGCGGAAUGGGACGGAACCGUCUUCAAAAAGCGCGACAUCAACCCGGGCAAGGACAGGAACAACUUUGCCAUCGUCGUCGAUCCCACUCCCUGA